AUGGAGGGGCCUAACUCCUCUGCCGGCGCCUCCGGCAUUCAGAGGGCCAUUCAAUUCCUUAUGCAAGCCGCCGAACGAACAGCCGACGGGAGCCUCGGCAAGGGAAUUGCAGCAGCAGCAACUGCAGCCGCAGCAGCACCGAGUGCAACAGAGGCGCCAGCAUCAUCAACACAACAAAUAGCAGUGCCACCGGCCCCCCCACGAGCGGAAGUUUCCUCGAAAGCAGACGCAGCAGCAGUCCGCGUUAGGGCUUCCGUGUCUACGCAGACAGUACCAGCGCCAGCAGCACCAGCACCAACAGCAGCAGCAGCAGCAGGGCGACCGCUGUUCCCUGCAGCUGCAGCAAUGGAUUCAUCUCAGGGUCCCCCGGGGGCUCCCAGGGUCCCGGUUGAGCGCCGCGCGUCUCGCGAGCGGCUGCCGACGUUAGACUCUGCCUUCGCGCCGCAUGCAGAGGAGGCAGAGGAGAGCGGCUUCUCUCAGUUGUGUAGAUACACCACAGAAGUCAUUCUGGCGGGGGCCCCCCAGCUGGGGAGGCCCUUCCUAGGAGGAGGGAACGACGAGCUGCAGCCGGCAGAGCUGCUGCAGUGCGAACAUAUGCUUCUUGACGAAGAGGAGCAGCAGCUGCUGCAGCAGCAACAGCAGCAGGUGCAGCAGCAGCAGGAACAGCAGCAGCAGCAGCAGCAGUUUGCUGUCUCUCCUGCAAUUCCUUCGGACUCCACGAGUCCUCCACCCUUGCUGCAGCUGCCUAUACACUCGGAGGUGGCUGGCGUGCCGCCCUCUUUGCUGCUGCCGCACGUCUCCUACCGCCUUGCUACUGCAGCAGAUCGGCAGCAGCUGCAGCAGCUGCAUGCAGAGACCUUUCCCUUCAGCUACAACGAGGCCUUCUACUCCUACAUCUGCUCGGGUAGGGGCUACGCUCUUCUUGCUACAAUACGCCGCCAAGACAUCCAGCGAGUCAAACAACAGCUGCAGCAGCAGCAGCAGCAGGAAAAGACGAACGGGCGGCAUGAGAUUACAGGGAGCAAUGGCGCUUCAACAACAACAACAGAGGCAGCAGCAACAGCAGCAGCAGCAGCAACAGCAGCAACGACUGCAGCUCCGAGCUCGGACCGAUUGUCUUCUUGGUUUUCUUCUUGGCAUUCUACGAAGCAGCAGCAGCAGCAGCAAGAGCAGGAAGAAGAGCUGCUGAUUGGCGUUAUAACUGUGUCACAGAGUCCAACAUAUAUUGGAGUAGAAGACGCUGAAGUUGUGCGUCGCUGGGUGCAGCAAAAGGAAGAGGAAAUGGCAGAAGCUGCUGCUGCUGCAGUUGCUGCUGAUGCUGCUGCUGGAGUAAGUAGUGAUGCUGAUGAUGAUGCAGACCCUACCUCAGCAGCAGCAGCAGCAGCAGAAUCGGAUGAGGAGAAGCUUACCGCUGAAGGCCCUGUGGGGUUGUGCCGUCUGCAAGCUGCAGCGCGAGAAGAGCGGCAGUUGGGUUGGAGUGCAUUUCUCUCAGGCUUCAGCCAAGAGAGCAGCAGGGCCCGAACAGCAGCAGCAACAACAGCAGCAGCAGCAGCAGGAUCGGAGUGUGGUGCUGCAGCAGCAGAGAGCAACGACGGGGGGGCUAAUAGGAAUGGAUGCCGCUCUGAGGAGGGGGAGAAGGAGCGGAGCGACUUGGCGUAUGUAUUGACGUUGGCUGUUGCUGCUCCUUUCCGCCGCUUAGGUGUUGCUGCUGCUUUGCUGCAGCGAGCAGUGCUGUACUUCCAGUCACCAGCAAACCCUGCAGCAACUGUUGCGCUGUAUCUACACGUGGCAGAGUACAACCAAGCGGCUUUAAACUUCUACUUGCAAAACAGCUUCACAAAUGUCUAUCAUUUCCCUGAGUUUUACUCAAUAGACGGCAGGCCUUACGGCUCCUAUCUUUGCUGCAUGCACUUGCACGAACGCUGCAAAGCAUGUUGCAGCAGCAGACGCGCAGCAGCAAAGCGGCAGCAGCAGCAGCAAGCACUCCUAGAUAAACACGCUCGAGGCCUUGUUAAAGGACUUGAGGGAAUAGGAAGGGCCCUCAAAGCCGUACGCUCCUCCGUCACUGACUUCCUGCAGCCUGCAGCAGCAGCAACAACAGCAACAGCAGCAACAGCAGCAGCACCAGCCGCAGCAGCAGCAGCAGAGGGAACAAACCACAACCCCACAGCAUAA